AUGCCAUAUCGUACUUCAUAUUAUAGCUAUACAGGUAUCGAUGCUCUCUUUUUGGAGCAAGAUAAACAUCUAAUUUGGCACGAAAAUGUGAGAGACGUUCUCAAUGGUUAA